AUGAGAAAACUAGCCAUUAUACGAAAGUAAAUUGAUGAAUAAGUGGAGGAUAUCCAUUAGCGAAGGUUAGCAGAAGAUCCUGAAAUAAUGUUUGCUCACAUCGCAUCAUUUGACAAAAUAGAGUAACAGAGGGCUCAUCUCAAACAUCUUUAAGAAACGAGAAAGCAGAUAAACAUGUUUAAGGGGCCAUUUUAAAAAGUUAUCAAAAAUAUGCUAAUUACAAAACCUUUAAAACAGUAGAGGGCCAAGAGAAAUAACUCACUUCUGCAAAAUCUAUUAGAAAAACCUAGUACUAGUCAAUCUAAUGCAAUAUAAGAGACUAAGAAAUAGUUUGAAGAUCUUAGUAUGCCUGUCAAAGCUGUAAUACCUUAAAUCACUACAGUUAAGAUUGCGGAUGAUUUGAAAUUGAGAAUACCUUAAAACUUUGACUUACUCUAUCAGAAUGCUGGAUAAAAUGGAAAGGGUCCAUCCAAGAUAAUGAUGGAGUAAGAGGAAUAUGAGAAGAUGUCUUUUAUUGAGAAGAAACUGGGUACUGGAAAUAGCUACAAGCAAGAAGCUCUUUUGAUGCUAGUGAACCAUAUUGGUUGA